UGCCCUGCACCUGAUACUGAGUUAGCAAUCUGAAGUCCCAUAAGCGCUAUGUUAGCAGUUUCAGGCCAUCGUCAACCCACUCCAUUCAAGCUUCUUUCCCCUGAGUUUUUCGUCAAUCUGCGAGGUCACUGAUGUUGCAGGGGGCAAUAUGCAAUGAGCAAUCAGCUUGGCCAACCAGCCAUCACUUCCCCAGGCGACACCUUAUCAGAGACCGACCGCCUCCUUUUAUCUGCUCCCAGUUCAUGCAUUCACCGGCCUUUGGUAAUCUCACAAUGUGGGAUGCUAUUGGAGCCUUGCAGUCCUGGUUUGGUCGGAGCAUGCCCACUUGCCGUUUGCAGAACCAACUGCAUCUCUCCCCUGGUGUACUUGUAUUGUACAGGCGAAAUUGCCGACUUGGCACUUUACUUAUCGUUCCCGUAGUAUUUUGCCCAGUUCUCGUUCCGGACCGUCACCGCCUCCGUAACGGCCAGAAACGGCGCCGGCGAGGAGAGGCCGGAGUCCCCCCCCGGUCAGUAGGGGGUGCCAGUAAGGCGUUGCCGAUCCGAGGAACGGGAUGCGUGCAAUACCAAUUAGAGUGGUCCGCGUAGAACAAAUGGAGAGAAUACUGUAAACUGUAAAACCACUGGCAUGCAGCAGUAUAUCAAAUUUACCAAGACACUACUUGCCAAAGGGACUCCUAAAAGUUCAUAACAACGGGGUGUAGAUC